AUAGAGACUCUGCAGCUAUGCCGAGAGGGUGAAAAAUGCAGCCAAUGAAACCUCACUCCUGCCUCUGGUCUUGGAUGACAGCACUCAUCAAACCCCAGCCAGCCGGGGAGGAUGGCAGCUGGGAUUGCUUCAACAUAUCCAGUUGUAAGCAGAACUAAUGGCACAUUGCUGGAAAGAGGAUGGCAAUCUCUGUUGUCCAGGUCCAUUGCUGGGAUGUCAGGGGAGAAGUCAGAUGUGAACUGGGAGAGUGACUAUUUGCUAGGAAUCAAGAGGCAGCGGAGGCUUUAUUGCAACGUGGGCAUCGGGUUUCACCUUCAAAUCCUCCCAGACGGAAGGAUAAGCGGAGUUCACAAUGAAAACCAAUACAGUCUCUUUGAAAUAUCCACUGUAGAGAGAGGUGUUGUUAGCCUGUUCGGUGUGAGAAGUGCUCUCUUCAUUGCAAUGAACAACAAGGGGAAGCUGUAUGGAACGGCUGUUUUCCAAGAUGAAUGCAAAUUCAAAGAAACCUUGCUGCCCAAUAACUACAAUGCAUAUGAAUCAAAUGCUUACCACGGUGCUUAUAUAGCACUCAGCAAACAUGGGAGAGUGAAGAGAGGAAAUAAAGUUUCUCCAGCUAUGACAGUGACCCACUUUUUACCGAGAAUAUGAACAUGAA